GCUGCCAUCCCCAUGUCUGACCAGGAGGCAAAACCUUCAACUGAGGACUUAGGUGAUAAGAAGGAAGGAGAAUACAUUAAACUCAAAGUCAUUGGACAGGACGAUAGUGAGAUUCACUUCAAAGUGAAAAUGACAACAUAUCUCAAGAAACUCAAAGAAUCAUGCUGUCAAAGGGAGUUCCGACGAAUUCACUUAGAACUGGGAAUGGAGGAAGAAGAUGUGAUUGAAGUUUAUCAGAAACAAAUGGCAGGGGGUCAUUCAGCGCUUUAG